AUGAAGAAGAGUCCAUUCUCUUCACUCUAUGUCAAAUUUGCAGAAGUCAGAGUUCUGAAUGAGUUUCAAAGAUUCAUGGAAGUUAGUAAAACACUCUCCCAAUUAUUUGACUGCCAACCUUCCGAUCUCCAAUAUGCAAUCGCCUAUAUCAAACACUCUGAGAAUAAAAAUGUAGGUUCACAAUACCAAAAUUUAAAGUGGGAGGACUUGGUUUCUGAACCUGAAAAUUACAUAAUACUAGAUAGGUUGGACAGCAUUUGGAUGUUCAUGCAAUAUCUCAAACUGAAAGAUGAGCUUAUACACUUCUCGAUUAGGUUUAAAGAGUCUGAAUUCGGAUUGUUUAUGAGUUAACUUGAUAUUUUGAAAAGCAUUUUCAAGAAGGAUAUUGAAGUCAAAAUAAUUGAGAAAUAGGGAGAUAGUGACACUAAAUUACACUAGAUGAGAAGAUAGUAUAAGGAAAGGAAGAAAACACAGAGAGGGUAGAUUAAUGAGAAGAAGGAUAUGCAGAAGUAUCAAGAUCAAUUGGAUACUAAAGAGAAUUCUUUAAGAUUGGAUCAUACAUCUUCUUAAGAUUCCACCAUAAUCAACUUGAUUGAGAAUUCUAAUAUUAAUAGUAUGAUCUCUCAAAAGAACAAAGUUUACCAAUAAUUUGGGAGUACAUUCAUUGGAGAUCAAGAAUUCAAACAACUAUUUAAAAAGUCUUAUUUAUGUUAAUCAGAAUAUGAGAUAGAAAAUAGGGAUGAUGUGAUUAUCUUUGAUUCAACUAUGGGCAAUAAAGUAGAAUUAGGAUAAUGUAUAUUGGAUGUCUCUUUGAAGUAGGCUAUCGUAAAUGAAGAAUACAAAAAAUACUAUCUUGAAAUGGCCAGAGGCAAGAAUGCUAUUAAAAUUUACUAUAUAGAUUUGAUAGGCAAAUCUUACACAGAAUUUAGUAAGAAUCUAGUGUUCUACACUAAUAUCGACGUGGCCUUGAAGGAAUUCAAAGGGUGUCAAGACUCCUAUUUGAUUCAAUUUGAAACUUGUUCUGAGUUUUAAUUUACACAAAUGAGCAAUCAGUAAGUGAAAUUGUAACAGAGCAAUCGAGUGAUACCUUUGAUCAUAAUAACUAAUUAGAUUUGA